AUGGGCCAGCUGGUCGCGGUCAGGAUGUGCAAGCCUCACCCCUGGGGGACCUGCGGGCAGGCAGUUCUCACGGCCGCCUUCCUCCUGGGCUGCUGGGGACUCCCUGCCGGACCGCAGGGACUCCUUUGGGCUUCGGAGCCCGAGGAGGCGCCUCCCCACCCGCACCCCGAUGUUCCCUUGGAAGGCCGUCCGUCCUCUCUCCUCCAGAGCCAGCCCCUGCCCGUCCUGCACCUGGGGCUGCUGGUGGCCGUGGGCCCCGACGUCCACCAGGCUCACCAGGAGGACACGGAGCGAUACGUGCUCACCAGCCUCCACGUGGGUUCGGAGCUGCUGCGGGACCCGUCCCUGGGGGCCCAGUUCCGAGUGCACCUGGUGAGGAUGGUCACCCUGACGCAGCACGAGGGCGCGCCAAACAUCACGGCCGACAUCAGCUCCUCGCUGCGGAGCGUCUGUGAGUGGGGCCGGACGGUCAACCCCCAGGACGACACGGACCCCGGGCACGCCGACCUGGUCCUCUACAUCACCAGGUUCGACCUGGAGCUGCCUGACGGUAACCGGCAGGUUCGGGGGGUCACCCAGCUGGGGGGCGCCUGCUCCUCCUCAUGGAGCUGCCUCAUCACUGAGGACACCGGCUUCGACCUGGGGGUCACCAUUGCCCAUGAGAUCGGACACAGCUUUGGCCUGCAGCACGACGGCGAGCCCGGCAGUGGCUGCGCGCCCAAUGGCCACGUGAUGGGUGCCCCUGGCGCCCCGCCUGCUCAAGGGGGCCUGGCGUGGUCCGCCUGCAGCCGCCAGCAGCUGCUGCACCUGCUCAGCGCAGGACGGGCGCGCUGCGUGUUGGACCCUCCGGGGCCCCAGUCCGGACCCGCAGGGCGCCCCCUGCAGGCACACCCCGGUCUCUACUACGGGCCCGACGAGCAGUGCCGCAUGGCCUUCGGUCCUUCCGCGGUCGCCUGCACCUUCUCCAGGGAGAGCCUGGACAUGUGCCAGGCCCUGUCCUGCCACACAGACCCCCUGGACCAGGGCAGCUGCAGCCGCCUGCUCCUCCCUCUCCUGGACUGGACGGAGUGCGGCCCAGAGAAGUGGUGCUCCAAGGGCCGCUGCCGCGCCCUGGCGGAGCUGCCUCCCAUGGAGGCCGUGCAUGGGCACUGGUCAGCUUGGGGCCCCCCCAGUCCUUGCUCCCGGUCCUGCGGAGGAGGCGUGGCCAUCAGGAGGCGGCAGUGCAACAACCCCAGACCUGCCUUCGGGGGGCUUGCGUGCACCGGUGCCGACCUGCAGGCUGAGAUGUGCAACACCCAGGCCUGCGAGACGACCCAGCUGGAGUUCAUGGCUGAGCAGUGCGCCCAGACCGACCGGAACCCUCUGCACCUGUCCCCAGGCAACGCCUCCUUCUACCGCUGGGGCCCUGCCCUGCGGCACAGCCAAGGGGACGCUCUGUGCAGAUACAUGUGCCGGGCCAUUGGCGAGAGCUUCAUCGUGAGGCGUGGGGACAGCUUCCUGGAUGGGACCCGGUGUGUGCCCAGCAGCCCUCCCGAGGCCGGGACCCUGAGCCUGUGUGUGAGCGGCAGCUGCAGGACGUUCGGCUGCGACGGCCGGAUGGACUCGCAGCAGGUGCCAGACGUGUGCCAGGUGUGUGGGGGCGACAACAGCACCUGCAGCCCGCAGAGCGGCUCCUUCACCGGGGGAAGGGCCAGAGAGUACGUCACGUUCCUGACGCUGACCCCCAACCUGACCAGCGUGUACGUCGCCAACCACAGGCCCCUCUUCACACACCUGGCGGUGAGGGUCCGCGGGCGCUACAUCGUCGCCGGGAACGGCAGCAUCUCUCCCAGCACCAUGUCCCCCUCCCCGCUGGAGGACAGCCCCAUCGAGUACAAGGUGACCCUCUCGGAGGACCGGCUGCCGCUCCUGGAGGAGAUCCGCGUCCGGGGACCCGUCCAGGACCACGUGGAGAUCCAGGUUUACAGGCGCUACAGUGAGCAGUACGGCGACCUCAGCGGCCCGGACAUCUCCUUCACUUACUUCCGGCCUAAGGUGCAGCCGGCCUGGGCAUGGGCCGCCGUGCGGAGCUCCUGCUCCGUGAGCUGCGGGGCAGGGCUGCACUGGGUGACCUACAGCUGCCUGGACCAGGCCAGGGACCAGUGGGUGGAGCCUGCCCUGUGCGGAGGGAGCCCACAGCCAGCGGCCUGGCCAGAGCCCUGCAGCCCUGGGCCCUGCCCUCCCAGGUGGGUGGCGUCCGGUGCGUGCCCACCCGCCUGUGGAACAGACCUGGCCACACAGAAUGCGGCGUGUGUGCCGGGGGCUGGGGGCCUGGAGGUGGCUGCUGGGCCCUGCUCCCCGAACAAGAAGUCGCCUGCUCCUGAGCCCUGUGCCGGGGUGUCAUGUCCACUGGACUGGGGCCACCGGGACCCCCAGCCUCCGGGGCAGGAGGCCGCGUCCCCACCAGGCAGCGCCAGGCCGGGGGCUCAGGCGGCACACGCGUGGACGCCGCUGGCGGGGCCGUGCUCCGCGUCCUGCGGGAGAGGCCGGAUGGAGCUGCGUUUUGUGUGCAUGGACCUGGCCCUCAGGACACCUGUCCCGGAGGAGCUGUGCGGCCUGGCAAGCAGGCCGGGGAGCCGGCAGGAGGUCUGCCAGGCUGCCCUGUGCCCGGCUCGGUGGCGGUACAAGCUGGCAGCCUGCAGCGUGAGCUGUGGCGGGGGGCUCGUGCGGAGGAUCCUGUACUGUGCCCGGGCCCACGGGGAGCACAAGGACGAGGAGAUCCUGCCGGACACCCAGUGUCAGGGGCUGCCUCAGCCAGAGCGUCAGGAGGCCUGCCACCCAGAGCCCUGCCCACCCAGGUGGAAAGUCACGUCCCUCGGGCCCUGCUCAGCCAGCUGUGGCCUCGGCACCGCCACGCGCUCCGUGGCCUGCAUGCAGCUGGACCAGGGCCACGACGUGGAGGUGGACGGAGCGGCCUGUGCGGCUCUGGUGCGGCCGCGGGCCAGCGUCCCCUGCGUCAUGGCCGACUGCGAGCGCCAGUGGCACGUCAGCACCUGGACACAGUGCUCUGUUUCCUGUGGGGAUGGCACCCAGCACCGGCGGGUCACCUGCCUGGGACCUGGGGCUCAGGGCCCCGUGCCAGCCGACUUCUGCCGGCACUUGCCCACGCCAGCGACGGUGCGGAGCUGCUGGGCCGGGCCCUGCACAGAGCAGGGGCCGUCCAGCCUGGCACCCCGAGAGGAAGCCACUGCUCCGGGACGGAGCACAGCUGGCCCCGCUGCCGCCUCCCUGGAGUGGCCGCGGCCCUGGACCCGCCUCCUCGCCCCAGCUCCCCGGACCCAGGGGCUCCUGCUGGGGCCCCAGGAAAGCCCCAUGGAGUCCAGUCCCUGUGGCCAGCAGCUCCUUGAGCCCACGGGAACCAUUGACCUGCGAGGCUCCGGGCAGGCGGACUGUGCGGUGGCCAUCGGGAGGCCCCUGGGAGAGGCGGUGACCCUGCAAGUCCUCGAGAGCUCCCUCAACUGCAGCGCUGGGGACAUGUUGCUGCUUUGGGGCCGGCUCACGUGGAGGAGGACGUGCAGGAAGCUGUCUGGCGGGACUUUCAGUUUCAAAGCCAACACCCUGGUGGUGAGGCAGCGCCUCGUGGGGCCGGGAGGCGGAGUGUUGCUCCGCUAUUCCAGCCGGCCCGCCCCGAGAGCCUUCCACAGAGAAUGCGACACACAGCUCUUUGGACCCUGGGGUGAAAUUGUGAGCCCAUCGAUGAGGCCAGAUGGCAGGCCUGUGGGGGGCUGCCGCAUCUUCAUUGACGUGGCUCCGUGGGCCCGAAUCGCCAUCCACGCCCCGGCCACUGACGUGGGCGCUGGAACUGCAGGAUCUGGUGCCAGCUACAUCCUGAUCCGAGACAUCCACAGUCUGAAAACGAUGACAUUCGGCGGGCAGCAAGCACUCUACUGGGAGUCAGAAGGCAGCCAGGCUGAGAUGGAGUUUAGCCAGGGCUUCCUGGAAACACAUGCCCGCCUGCGGGGCCAGUACUGGACACUCGGAUCUACAGCUCAGGAGCCCCACGGCGCCCCGCCCUAGCUUCCUCUCCAGGCACAUCCCUCAGUUGGCCGUGGGGUGCCUCCUUCCCGUUCCCGGAAGGGAAAGGAGGGAGCCAGGCAUUUCUGAGCACCUGUUAGUUAGGUGCCUGGGCAGCUCGGGAGUGCUUUCUCCAUUUGAAUUUCAUCCAAGCCUUUACCACCUCCUCCAAUGCGCAAAACGUUAGGGGCGGGAGGGGGGACUCUCGGGAAAGCCCUUUGGAUAUCAAUAAACGGAACCUGCGGUCUGACUGGCGAUUUCCUCA